AUGACCGCCAUCCGUCUGCGAGAAUUUUUAGAGCGCCGCCCAGUGAUCCCACCCAGUAUAUUUGUGGCACACCAAGGAAAAGACCUCCAAGGCCAUUCCCCGGGGCAGCUGGCAAGACUCCACUUAGAUUACAGCACAAAGCCAGCUCCCAGGCCGCUCAUAGACUUGACAAUUCCACCCAAGAGAAAAAGUCAGUAUCAGCCUCAACUAGACCAACAGACGCUCAUUCGAUAUAUUUGUUUUCGAAGACAUUCAAAGCCUGCUGCAACGUGGUACAGAGAAACCACUUACCAGAGAGACUAUGGCCUGCCAUUUUACCAGAUUGAUUGGGACCAGAAAUUAGCCACCAUCUCAUCGAAUCCUAGACCACUUAAUUCGCUGCCAGAGUUCUACCGUUGUGAACCGAGAAACGGCUUUGAAAGAAGUGCUUUUAAACUAACAUAA